AUGAGGAUAAUUUUUUUAAUCCUUUGUCUAUCACUUGGAGCUUUGAUCGACUCAACACAUGGACACACAUGUCCAGCUCCGUGCGAUUGCAAGCAUGUUGGACCACAAGCGGAGCGUUUGAAAGUCAAGUGUAACAAAGGAGCCGAUAUCCAAGACAUUAAAGACAUUAACAUCGAUGUUGUCAGCGUUGAGUUGUACCACCUUGACUUGAGUAAGAAUAACAUCCACUUCAUCAGCACCAAAGUCUUCCAAAAUUUGACAAAUUUAAAGCGUCUUGAUCUGUCAGCCAAUAAAAUAUCAAAUUUAAUUGAGGGCUCGUUCGAUGGAUUGGAAAAUUUGGAACGCUUGGACUUGAGUGAAAAUGAAAUUUCUUCUAUUGACGCGCUGGCUUUUCGACCGCUGACUAGUUUGAAGAAACUUGAUUUGUCAUUUAAUAAACUGAGCUCGCUGGACUCAACUUUGUUUCAUGAUCUAACGUCAUUAGAACGCUUAAAACUGAACAAUAAUGCGCUCAAGACAUUAACAGAAGGAACGUUCUACGGUUUAAAAUUAUUGAGGCAAUUAGAUUUGUCCAACAAUCCAUGGGAAUGUGACUGCUACCUCUACUGGCUGAGUAAUUGGAAGAACACAUCAAUGUUCAAAUUAAAUCCUGUACCAACGUGCAAUUCACCGGGCAACGUCCACGGCAAGCAAAUCCCAGAUUUAAAAUACUCCAAUGACUUCCAAUGUGACUGGAUCUCUCCAACUUUAGAGAUCUCUCCUUCCCAAAACCAAGUAGUCUUUUCCGGGGAUUCCAUUUCUCUAAAGUGUUCAGCGCCGAGCAUAACCGACGACCGGACAGCAAAGCUCCUUUGGCAAUGGACCCCAAGCUUACUUCCUCUAACUCCUCUAGCAGACCCGGUGGACACCUUGUCCAACGUAAAAGUCGACAAUCGCUAUUUGGCGGACAGCGGGAUAAUUGACAGCGCGUUGAGUAUUUUCCCAGUGACCAAAGAGCACAACGGCCAGUGGAACUGCUUCCUGGUGUCAAUCUAUGGGAACAAAUCUAAGGCUAUCAACAUAAUAGUAAUCUCCAAUGACACCCGCUACUGUCCCUUAGCAAUCACCCGAACCAACAAAGGCGUUUACGCCUGGCCCAGAACAAUCGUUGGCUGGAAAGUCGAAUUGCCUUGCGAGGGGAUCAGUCUAUCCAGUCUGAUAUCCUUGUCUCGUGCUACCUACCAAUGCAACGCUACCGGACACUGGACCAACCUGGAUACCGAGUCCUGUCCCUUCAUCUCCCCCGUGACCCGCGCGCUCCAGCAGUACGCCAACAUGAACCUUUCUUUGGCCGACAAUCUGAUGGAGACUUUCAAGAGAUUCGCAAACUACACCCACCCUCAUCAACUAUCUGAUCCAAUUGACCUGGACUUCAUUGCCAAAACCCUGGAAAAUUACCUCAACUACCUAACCCACGACAAAGAUCUUCCUCUGCUGAUAAUCGCAGCAAUAACUUCUUUGCUCAAGUCCCCCAAGGACUUGAUCCAACGCGCAGAAGUCGAUUACAAAGCAGCAAGUCGUUUGAUUUCAAUUGUAGAGUCUGUCACCAAAGCGACGUCAGCUUUGCAGAUCCAUGAAAAGACUCUAGCUUUAGAAGAGUUCCGAGUCAACUCCGAGAGCUUUGUUGGACUCUCAUGCACUUGGUACUCCAGUGUCCUUCCAGAAGACUUGGACACCCGAUUCCUGCAUUGCGCUACCAGCAAUCGAACUGCAAUUCUAAAUAUCAAGGAUAAAGUAAUCGAAGCAUCAAUCCGACUGCCUUCUUCGCUUCUAGCUCAGCAGCAAAAUGAGCAAGACAUGUCGCUGAUGGUCAGCAUGUACAGUGACAGCCGUCUUUUUCCAUCACCUGCUACCCGGGCAGUUAACUCAGCAGUAAUCGGCAGCCGAGUAAUUGACCGGGAAGUCAAUCUAACAGAACCAGUGAUCGUGAUGCUGAAAUCUUCCUACUCGCACCCGAUUCCAGUGAUCUGGAACUCUGAAAUCUCGAUCAAUGGAUCUCGGUGGACGCGCGAAGGGUGUCAGUUAGCAAAUUUCAUCAACAACCUUGUUAUCUUCCAGUGCAAUCGCUUGGGCUACUACGGCCUGCUUGAAGACUUAUCAUACCGCACGGUAAAUAAAACUGGCGCUCUCUUCCGGUACUCACACCCGCUAGUCUACAUAGGAACGUCAGUGCUAAUCAUCAGUCUGACCAUCACAUCAGUGACUUACAUAAUCUGCUACGCAUCGAUUUCGAUGCCAAAGCGUGUAAAGCACAGCGUGAUCAACACCUGGAUCUCCAUCACACUUCUGAGCUUCCUUUAUACGAUUGGAAUCCAGCAAACAGAGAACAUUGAAAUCUGCCAGAGUGUCGGCUUGAUUCUCCACUACUUGUCUUUGUGUUCUCUGCUCUGGAUGGCAGUUAGUGCGAGCAACAUGUACAAGAGACUUGCCAAGAACAGCCAGGAGCUCGUUUCUGAUGAUGAGAUUCCCGAGCAACCGAUCCAAAAGCCUCUUCUAGGUCUUUAUCUUGUCGGUUGGGGGAUUGCUCUGAUAAUAUGUGGCAUCAGCGGAGCAGUGAACUUGCGCGAGUACGCUGGAUACUCUUACUGCUUCCUCACCAAAGCCCCAGCACUCACAGCACUCUUUGUUCCAGCAAUCAUGCUGAUAGUCUACUUAUCUAUUUUCUACUUAUUAGUGCGUUGUACCAUCAGGAACGUCGACCACAACGGUCAGUUGAGCGAAGGAACCCAAGCGACGGAGAACAUGGACCUGGAACUCCUGGAGCCUCAUGAGAACCGAGACCAAGCCAGCAUGAGUGUUACCGUGUCUUCUGAAAUUGAAGAUCUGGAGCAUUCGCAGAUGACCCAACUUAAAGGACACUUGAUCGUCCUGGUUCUGUUCAUAGUUACCUGGACAUCCGCUGCUGCUACAACAGUUUCUCCAGUCUUUCUUCCUUAUCCUUACGCCGAGCCAGUUUUUUCCAUCUGCUACGCUCUUUCUUCUUCAACUCUCGGCUGUUUUGUCUUUCUGUUCUACGGACUAGCACGCAGUGACGUAAGAUCUCAAUGGACGCUGAUGAGAUGCUGGCUAAGGCGGAAGAAAAAUAACUGCUGUCGGACUCGCAGUGUCUGUGACGCGCGUCCAGCUCUUCCUGCCCAGUCGCUAGUUCCUAACUUACCAAUCAUCAAUCACCCGACUCAUUUAUCGGAUUCUAAUUCCGUCAGUUCUCGGCACACUAAUGUCUCGCCUAUAGCGUUAGCUCACGCGAUAAAAGCCCCAGAACGAGAGUCGCCUAGCAAGAAGACUAACGUGAAUCUUGUGGUUCUUCAUCGUCAGCAGUAUCGUUCGAAUAAUUCCGUUAAAACCUACACAGAGUCUGCGCCAGUCAAUGUUGAGAUGUUCUACAAUCCCCACCAGAGCGGCGUUGCGAGAAAAUUCUUCAAGAAACAGCGCCGCCACAAGCACAAUAACUUAGGACCUCGGAAGCAGGGCGAUGGUGGCGCCACUAGUGAUGGAGGGAGCUGUAUCUCCAUUCCUCGGCCAGCUGUUUUCGGAGAUGGACGCGAGCGGAUUGAAACUAUUUUUGGAAGUGGUGCGAAGGUUAAUAAUACGAAUAUUCAUGUGGAAUUGAAUCCUGUUGCUGAUGCGAAGAAUGUUAACAUGUUGUCUGAUAGCGGAAGCAUAUCGGAGGGGAUGAGGUAUGUCAUUGGACAAGAGAUAGUCCGUCAGGGAAGCAAGAAGGUCAACAAUGACCACCGGAGGAUUGAAAGGAUUGAAGCCGCACUGAGUCCUCCGGAGUCUGAAGAAGAAAAACAUCUGCGCAAUGUGUCCCAGCAGUGUAGUUUAGAGUACAGCUCAGAAGCUGAUUUGACUGCUGCGUUGACCAGCGAGCGAAGUGAUCAUAACCUUCCGGAGAUAGGUGAGACUCCAGAAACUCCGGAAAAGGUCUCUGAGAAAGACUUCCAAUGCUCUAGCGAUGUUAAUUCUCAGGAUCAAGAUCGAGGUGUUGGACUUCAAGAUGAACCUUGUAAAAGAAGGUCUAGUCUGUAUGAUCUGGAUUUUGAGUGUGGAAGAAUUGGGGAGAAGCAUGAAGCGACAUCUGUUAGUGGAAGCUCUUCCAGGUCGAGACCGAGGCAGAAUUCUCGGCAUUCUGACGCUGAUGGAAGCUUCAAGGAAUUGUUUAGUGGCUCACUGACUGAUGUAAGAAUUCCGACGGGUUUUGGGAAAGAUUUCAGCUCGCUGACGGAUUUAGCGACUAUUGAUGUUACGUUAGGAGCCACAAGACAUCUUGAUAUGAAUGCGAGCAUUGGGGUUGAUUAUGAAGAUACUAAUUAUAGCACUGUGCAUUACACGGAUGACGCCGCGCUUGAUGAAGAAAUGCUGCUGGACAAUCCGAUUAAGAAGGAGACUAGUGUUUAG